AUGGAGACCCUCUUCCGCAGCCCACGACGCCGAGUGCGGGUGGUGCGGCACUCGGGCGACUUCACUUUUGUCCGCUGUGCUGACCUCGAGGACUACAAGGAGGUCGGCCUCACCCUCCACCGCGCCUGCCUCCAGGGGUCCAGGGACGGCGACCCAGACGACACGGAACGGCCCCCGCAGAAGGGGCAACCCCCCAAUGACGACGGUACGUGGCGGCAGGGGGAAGCUACCGAAGGGAUCUUGAAGGCUUGCACCCGUCAGUCCCCAAGUAACUUCCUCAGACGGAUGAAGCAAGGAGCGCAUGCGAUUAGAACCUCGAAUUACCAAUCGGCGGUCCUUUACUACAAGCUGGCGUUGUGUGAGUCCCCGAAGGAGGCUGCGGAGGUGUUGAGGAGCCUCUUCGUUAUUUAUCCUUCUUUCAGGCGAAUGGAGCAUUCUGGGCAUUAUCUGAAGAAUGCGAAGCAGGUUCUCGCGCAGCAGCCCGGGCCGGACUUCCGGCGCGGCGUCGAAAGCGACCCAGCUAUCUCAACAGCGAUCUUCACGGCCUCCGACAUGGGACCCUCAGCCGCCCCAUCCAAACUGCACAAAAUAAAUGUGAAAUACGUCCAGGCUGCCGCAAAGAGAAUGCCACUCGACGAGUCCUCCCGAGACCCGACGAAGGGGGGAAACGAAAAGGAAAUGAAUGAGGAGCCGAAAUUCGUCGAGGCCGCGGCGCGCAUGCUCGUCUGUAUGGCACGGGCCGUUUGGUCGCGGCGCCGCCCAGGGCGGCUGCUGAGGGAGCCUCCUGCCGGGGAGGGGGAAAUGGGGAGGGAGGAAGAAUGGAACUAUUCGAAAGGGAUCCCUUCGGGCCGUUGUCGGCGAUCCUCUCCUCGAAAAGGAUUAAACCCCAUUCUUAUGAAGAGGAGGUGA